CCAUGUUUGGUUUUUCAGUACGUUAACCUCUGCAGCCCCCUUGACUUCUUGUCUUCUGUCUUCGGCUGUCUCGCUUCCUUCACCUUAAUCCAGCAGCGCCGGUCUGGCGCGCGCCCCCGGCGCUCUGUUGGCAGCAGCGGGGACGCGCAGAGCCAGGAGGCGUCAGCGGGGCGAAGACUCGUCUCAUCUGCAGAGAGACAGACUCUGAGCGACGUGAACCGUCCGGGAGCAGAGGAGAGGAUGAAGCUAACAGCUUUCCUGCUGGUGUUUGGAGCCGUCCUGAGCUUCUGUCAGGCUCAGUCGGAGACGGGAGGCGAGGAGACGGGCGGGGAGGAGGAACAUGUGGAGCUCUUCACCACACCGACGACUAAGAUGGGUGCCGCCACCUCAGACUUCGGCUACAACCUGUUCCGCGCUCUGGCGAGCAGCGAAGCUUCAACUAACGUCUUCCUUGCCCCCAUCAGUGUGUCAGCGGUGCUGACGCAGCUCUCCAUGGGAGGGUCUGAGCGUGCUCAAAAGCAGCUGUUCAGGGCUCUGAGGUACCACACCCUGCAGGACCCGCAGCUCCACAGCACCCUGAAAGCCCUGCUAGCCUCGGUCAGGACGUCCGGGAAAGGCCUGAGCACUGCCGCUCGCCUCUACCUGGCACGACGACUUCGUCUGAAGCAGGAGUUCUUCCCGCUUGUGGAGCAGCAGUAUGGAGUUCAGCCCCAGGCAUUGCAGGGAGGAACCAAGGAUCUUAAAGAAAUCAAUGACUGGGUGGCUCAGGAGACGGGCGGGAAGGUUCAGCGCUUCCUGGUCAAGAGCCUCCCCCGAAACUCUGGAGUGAACGCUGUGAGUGCUGCCUAUUUUAAAGGGAAAUGGGCGACUCGGUUCAGUCAAAGUGGAGCAAUGGAGAACUUCCAAGUGGACGGCGGGGCACCUGUUCGCAUUCCCAUGAUGCAACAGGAUAACUACCCCGUGAAGAUUGGUGCCGACUCAGAUUUGAGCUGCACGAUCGCUCAGAUCCAGAUGCAGGACGACGUCAGCAUGUUCAUCUUCCUGCCCGAUGACGUGACCUCCAACAUGACACUGCUGGAGGAGAGUCUGACUGCCGAGUUCGUCCAGGACCUCUCCAUGACGCUCCUUCCUGCCCAGGUGUCCCUCACUCUGCCCACCCUGAGGCUCAGCUACUCCACAGACCUGCUGCCGCUGCUCAGUGAUCUGGGUCUCUCUGAUUGGCUAGCGGACACGGACCUGGAGAAGAUCUCGGCUCAGCCUGCCAAGCUCAGCAGCGUCAAUCAUAAGGUUGUCAUGGAAAUGGCACCCGAGGGGAACCUAUACCCCAGUAGCACCUCAACGGCAAGCCACCUGUCCUACCGAGUGGACCGCCCCUUCCUCUACCUGAUCCGGGACGAAGCGUCGGGGGCGCUGCUCUUCAUCGGCAGGGUGGUCAACCCCAAGGCCCUGACGAUAUAACACACACACACACACACACACACACACACACACACACACAGGUUAGCAGGUCCUAGGAGGAUUUCAGGUGUUUGCUUUGCGUUUGUGGUGGCAGAUAUUUGCGAGGAUAUUUGAUUUUGAUUUGAUUUGACAUGAUACUUUUCAUGUUGAAACAUGUUAAUCUGACAGGAAACUCAAACACACUGACGAUACUCUGAGAUCGCCAAAGGAUUGUUUAAAAAAAAAUAUUGUCCUUUGUGUAAAAAGAAAUAAACAAGACAAUGAAACAAAA